AAGGAAAUCCCAACAUGUGAUUGGAUGAGGGGCCAAGUUAUUCUACGCUGCCAUCCUUCCUCGCCACUCUGCUGAAUCUGAGGCUACGCUGAAAGGACGGACCAAGCGGUCAAAUAAUAGCAGUUAUACAGCGAACUCCAGGAGAAAUAUGCUUUAUAAGAAGUAACCUGUCCAACGGAAGUAACCACAGUAUUAUACUAUUUAAGAGCAGGAGUUUUCCACCAGUAGACCAGUGAUUGCCCACCAUGUUGUCCAGGUUGAGGACAACCUGGUCCCUGAGGCCCUGUGUCUCUGUUUGCAGAUGGGCACACACCAAAGAGAAGGGCAAGCCCCUCAUGCUCAACCCUCGCACCAACAAAGGAAUGGCCUUCUCUCUACCGGAACGACAGAUUUUAGGAAUACAUGGUCUGCUGCCUCCCAAAGUGGAGACUCAGGACAUUCAGGCCAUGCGCUUUCGGAAUAAUCUUAAGAAUAUGACUGAUCCCCUACAGAAAUACAUCUACUUGAUGGGCAUCCAGGAAAGGAAUGAGAGGCUUUUCUAUAGGUUGUUGAUGGACGACAUAGAGGAAUUGAUGCCAAUUGUCUACACUCCCACUGUAGGCUUGGCUUGCACACACUAUGGACACAUCUUUAGAAGACCAAAAGGUUUGUUCAUCUCCAUUCUGGACAAAGGACACAUCCGUUCUAUCCUGGACAACUGGCCAGAGACUGACGUUGCAGCAGUAGUAGUAACUGAUGGCGAACGUAUUUUAGGGCUAGGUGAUCUGGGUGUUUAUGGAAUGGGCAUCCCUGUCGGAAAACUUUGCCUGUACACUGCCUGUGCCGGCAUCAGACCCGAUAGUUGUCUGCCCGUGGUGAUAGAUGUUGGCACAGACAAUGAGACUCUCCUCAGGGAUCCGCUGUACAUGGGGCUGUACCAGGAGCGAGAUCGCUCUCAAGCCUACGAUGAUCUGAUUGACGAGUUCAUGGAAGCUGUAGUGGAAAAAUACGGGCAGGACACACUGAUCCAAUUUGAGGACUUUGGGAACCACAAUGCCUUCCGCUUCCUUAGAAAGUACAGGGAGAAGUACUGCACCUUCAACGAUGAUAUUCAAGGCACUGCGUCUGUAGCCCUGGCUGGUCUAUUAGCAGCCCAGAGAGCCAUUGGCAAACCCAUCACUGAACAUCGGGUACUUUUUCUGGGAGCUGGAGAGGCUGCCCUUGGUAUUGCCAAUCUGAUUGUCAUGGCCAUGAUGGAGAAGGGGAUGACCCAAGCUGAUGCCAGAAAGAAGAUCUGGAUGUUCGAUAAACAUGGCUUACUCGUAAAGGGAAGACCUCAGGAAACCGACUCUAACCAAGAGGCAUUUGUCCAUGACAGUCCAGAGACUGUACAGAGCUUCCUAGAGGCUGUCAACACCAUCAAACCCACAGCUAUUAUUGGUGUGUCAGGAGCUGGACGUCUGUUCACCCACGAUGUCAUCAAGGUCAUGGGAACCCUGAACAAACGACCAAUCAUCUUUGCCCUGAGCAACCCGACCAAUAAAGCCGAGUGCACAGCAGAGGACGCCUACACACUCACUGAUGGUAGAUGUCUUUUUGCCAGUGGCAGUCCAUUCGGUCCAGUGACUCUGAGUGAUGGCCGCGUCAUCACUCCGGGACAAGGGAACAAUGCUUACAUCUUUCCAGGUGUGGCCUUGGCUGUGAUCCUGAGUGGAGUGAGACACAUCAGUGACACAGUAUUCUUGGAGGCUGCUAAGACCCUUUCAGAGCAGCUGACAGAUAAAGAGCUUGAAGAAGGCAGACUCUAUCCCCCCCUCUCCAACAUCAGAGAGGUCUCCGUCCGGAUGGCUGUCAAGGUGGUGGAGUUUGUCUAUUCCAACGGCAUGGCGUUUCACUACCCUGAGCCUGUGGACAAGGAUAGCUUUGUAAGGUCUACCAUGUGGGACACCCAAUACGACUCCUUCUUGCCAGACACCUAUGACUGGCCAGCUGUCAGCUUCAGCCCCAAGACUGACUAGAAGUAGCCCACCCCCCCACCCCCCGCUUUUUGUUUUCCACUCAAUUCUUAAUCACAGAUCUUUUGAGAUUAUCAUAACUUUCUUAGUGCAAACACUUGCUCAUUACAAAAGGAGGUGGAAGUCUAUUACUUCUGCCCUGGUCCUGCAUUUGCACUAAAAUAGCUUUUUUAGAUCUUUGAAAAGGAAGAGUGGAAAAGGGCAUUCUAAAGAGGAUAUUUGAAUGGAAAUGGCUAUUUUAUACUUCACAUCCCAGUUCUUUAUUACCUCUGCAUCACAUGUAAACCUGCACAGUACCUGGAGUGCCAUCUGGCGAUGGGAAAAGGCAGUGUGGAAAUCUGGUUUUGUUGCAACUUUGAGUUACAUAUUAAUUUGAUUAUACUGUUUUAAAAAGAACAUAACAGACAUUAUGUUAUGGUACAGUAAAUUACCACAAUAAGGCCUCCGGCACACUACUCGCGUGGCGUGAGCGUGUCAGCUGCAUGGCAUUUCCCUAUUUAUUUUGGUUCCCAUGUCAACAGGCUAGAGCUUGCACCCUGCCUCCAUGACAUGCACAAAAUAGAAAAGUUGUGCAUGGUAGAAAUAGGAUCUACGCCAAUUUUUCAUGUGACAUGCAAGCAUGUUGGAAGUGUUUUCAAAAUAGAAUACGAACAAAUACAUUUAAUAAACAACAUUUUAAUGUUUGCAUGAAUGCAGAUAUAUAUGUAAUUAAAAAAAAUAAUUAUAAAUAAUGAUUGGUUUUCAAAUAUUGCACCUGUCAAUACAGAAGGAAAUUAUUAUUAUUAUUUUAUUAUUUAAUUGUAUCAAUGGGAAACAUUCAUGUGCACAGACAAGGCUAGCAGCAGCCGGGCUUCGUCAGAAACGUUUCUGGUUCGAAAAGACAGAAAACGCCACGCCACCACCACGCAACAGAAACGCCAUGCUUACGCCACGCAGGCGGUGUGCAGGAGCCCCUAAUUGUUAUUGAUAUGUACUAAAGCACCAAACUUUUACCCAACAAUUUCAAAGCUAAUUAGAUUGCGCUGAAUAGUAAACCAAACACGCUCAAGGUUAAGCUGGGUUUUUACAAGCAGUAAUGACUCCGUGGAUAGUUUUGUGUUUGUGUUAUCAUCCACUGUCUUUCUUUUUACUCAUAAAUAACCUGAAAAUAAGUGGGUGCCAUACUAAUCAAAUGCCGUGCACACACAUAAUAUACAAAACUAUAUUCUUUCUUACUAAUUUGAAAAGUUACUCACUCCAUAUGUAAUGUAUUAAUGAGUCUAAUUUAAUGCAAAACAGUGUUGUAUACACUCCUGAUGUGGAGCUUAGCUAGCACUUACUACUACUUUGACUAUAUGUAGCUACCUAGAGAUUCCCGAACUGAAUACCUGGUUAUUAACAUGAACAACUUAAGGAAGACCUUGAAAAUGAUCUUAUGAAGGGAAAUUGAAUACAAAUUAUAUUUAAGAACACUCCAGAGAAAAAAAAAAAAAAUCCACUUCAGCAUUUAAUUUGUUUGAACGCUUUUGUCACAUUCUAUUUAUUUCUCUGAAUCUAUUUUGGGUUUGUAUUUAAAUGAUUUGCCCGCGUGCUGCAUUUUCCUUAAACAACCUGUCAUGAACACUCCUUUAAUAAAUUGUGGUAAGAAAAAAAACACAUCCCCUAAAAUGAACCCUAUUGCUGAACUGUGAACAAUUGACAACCUAUACCUUAAAUAUUUAAAGAAACUGCAGGAUGUUUUCUAUUUUAAUUAUAUGUUGCGUACUAUACAUACACUUUUGUAAAAACUGAGACUGAUUAUAACUUUAUAAAGCGUCUUAGUUUUUACAAAAGUGUAUGUAUUAAAGUUGAGUUUAGUUUGUGGAUUUUACUCCUUGGAACAUAUUCAACAAAUUUACAGACUAAGCUUUACUGUCCUGUUCUACCGUGAGCAUUGUUAUUAACUCUAACACAGUCCUAUUAACUCGGAUAAGGAAGCCAGUAGAAAUAUUUCUUAGGCAAGUUUAUGUGAAUUGCACCUUUCAGUGAAGCAAUUCAAAGUGCUGUACAUGAGACGUAAAAGGCAUUAAGAAAAACACAAGCCAAUACAAAGAAGACAUAAAUAAGAUUUAGAAGAGUAAAAUGAAAUUGAAGAUUACAAAAGCUAAAAUAGAAUAAGCCAGAUUACAGUUUAGUGCAAGAUAUGAAUACAUAGUAUUACAUGUAAUGUCCUAAAAGACAGAGGCAAACAGAAAGGUCACAAGUGUUAAUUUAAACGAACAAAGACCUCAAGUUCCACAUAUGUGGUGUUUGAUGCAUGAGCAAUUCAAAAAUCUUAUUAUUGGCAUAUUAAGAAAGUGACCCAAACAGCCUGCUGGGACACAAACAUCUUGAAAUCAAAAUCUUGACCUUUUUAAUACAGUAGGUUCACCAGAUUCUGGGGAAUACAAAGUGUACAUGUCUCAAAAAUGAUCCUGGCACUGUUAAAGGGUAAUGCUGCCUAUAAGAUAAUCACAUAGAUUGUUACUGGAAAUAUAUAUUUGCUAUGAAUAAACCGAGCAAUGCCAGAGCGUUUUGUGAUCAUAGUGAUCUAUCAGUUAUACAUUUUAAUAGUCACAGUUAGAGAAGAUGACAGAAGCACAACCUCCUUAUCUUAACAUGCAGUUCUCAAAGUAAGAUAUCCAUCAAAUAUAUUCCAGUUCUAUUUUCCUAUAAAACUAUCUAUGCCAUCUACAGUAUGAUGUACUGCGCUCACAGUAUCUCAAUCAAUUUCUUUGUCACGUGAAAUCAUCAAUCCUCCCAGUGAGACAUGGAACUGACAGUAAACCUUCCAAGGUUGUUUAUAAUCUAAUAAUAUAUCUUUAUAUUUUGCUCUGUGCUCUGAUAGGCCGAGGCAGUCUAUUGUAGUGAUUAAGCCAAAGAACAAAAAAUAGGUGUUUAAUUUCAAAUAUGAGAAUUGAAAAACGCUGACCAUAUACAAUGGACACAAACACAUACACACACCCUCACAGAUAAAAAUGUGUUUAAGCCCGGUUUUAAUGUAACCACUUCAUUUUUCAAUUAAGCUGUUUCAUUCAUAGUAUAUUGCUCACUGCACUGGAUAAAAAAUAAAAAAGCUGUUUUGUUUAAAAUUAAGAAAUUGUGCAGAAUUCAGUGAGCAGUUUUUCCUCUGAUAGCUUCAGGUUGUGAACACAUUAUACAGGCAAUGUUUUGUACUCAUACAUUUGACUUUAGUUGUAUUUAAAAGAAACUAAAAACAGUUUAACCUCAGUAAGUGUUGGGUCAUGUGUCUGUCCUGUUGUUGCUACUAACCGUAAUAUUAUGAGUUUUUACUGUGUUCUGUGAGAAUUAGUUUUACCCCAUAAGUUAACUCCAUAUUUCAUUGAAUACGCCUUCAUAUAGUGCUGUGUCCUUAAAGUCUGUGUUUCUGAAGUUUAUUUUUGUUAAAUAAUAAUAUUGCCUUAGCAUUUAUGCGUUUCUGCUGUUAGAUGUGCAGAAUAAAAUCAGUAUUUACACUG